AAUUACAAACGAACAUUUUUUUUUUUACUUUUUGAGUUUGUUUCAAAAUUGCUUGGAGUACUUUUUCCGUUUUAGCUAUCUUUCCAUUUGUAAAUUCUAAAUUUGGGUUUUUGUUUUUUUAUUAAAAAAAAAGAAAUUUUAAUUUUUUUUAAAGAAAAAUUUCGUAAGGUUUUUUUUUUUUUUUUUGAAUGAUGAAUAUCAUAUCCCAAAUGGGUUUUGGAUUAAUAGCAAAAUUUAAAAGGAAAAGUUGUUGAUUCUGGGUUCUGUUUAACUUUUUCACCUGUGUUUGUUAGAAGUUUGAUCAACAAAAAUGGCCUAAAUUUGCUAUUUUUGACUCAAUUUUUGUGUUCUAUUUUCUGGGUUUUGUUCAAAGUUGGUAUUUAUAUUUUUGGUUUUUGUUGAUUAGGUUUAUAAGCUUAGACAUGGAGGAUGAUGAUGAAGACGGUCCAUGAUCUCUGUUUUUCUCUCUCCUAUUGUUUUAAUAAUAAUUUGGUGGGUUUUAGAAAUUAGGAAAAAAAUAUUAAAAAUAUAAUGAUGAUGAUGAUAAAUGAAAAAAAAGUUUUGAAACCAUUUUUGGUGAAAUUUGGUGUGGCUUUAGCCCUAUCUUUUGCUGGUUUCCUCUACUCUCGCAUUAGAACUAAACGUAUCAAGCCAUCUGAUCCUCCUCCUCCUCCAGUUUCAGAGUCUGAUAAGAAAGUUGAUUAUGAUGGGAGAUUAAGGGUUAAAAAUGAUCCUCAACAUGAGAUGGAUUCAGUUGAUGCAUAUGACAAGCCAUGCAUCCGGGUGUGUGUUGACAGUUCAUCUAAACAUGCCUCACCUAAUAGUAGAUUUAGUGGAGAUAGAGAUGGGUUCUUGUUGCCCGAAUUCGAUCAAGUAGUCAAGGAUUUUGAUGCAGUAAACUCCCCAAAGACAAAUUUGCAGAGUUUUAAGAUCAGCAAAGAUUUAUCCAACUCACUCAGAAGAGUAGAACGGGAUGAUUAUGAACAAGAAAUUGAAAACCUAAAGAAUAGGAUUCAUUUCCUUGUAGAAAGAGAGAGAAAGCUUGAGGUUCAGUUGCUCGAGUACUAUGGACUUAAGGAGCAGGAAACGGCGAUGAUGGAGCUCCAAAACCGUUUGAAGAUCAAUAACAUAGAGGCCAAGCUUUUCUUGAUGAAGAUAGACAAUCUACAAGCAGAAAACAAGAGGCUUGAGGGCCAGGUUUCUGAUUACUUUAAGGUUGUGUCCGAUUUAGAAGCUGCAAAGGCAAAAAUCAGACUUCUGAAGAGGAGGAUUAGGUAUGAUGCUGAGCAAAACAAAGAACAGAUCUCUGAUCUGACUCAAAGAGUUGUGAAAUUGCAAGAGCAAGAGCACGGGCACGAGCAUGAGGUUAGCACUAGCUAUUCUGAUGACCCGUCCGAGCUGCAGAGAUUAAAUGAAUUGGAGGCUGAAGCCGAGGAAUUAAGGAAGUGCAAUGAGAAUAUGCAACGAGAGAAUGCUGAUCUAGCUCAGAGAUUGGAAUCCACCCAAGUACUUGCAAAUUCCCUUUUUGAAGAUCCAGAGAAAGAGGAGCUUCACAAAGCUAUGUUCAAACUAAGGGAAGAAAAUGACAAGUUAACAAAGGAAGUUGAGAGGCUUCAAGUAGAUAGGUGUGCUGAUGUGGAGGAACUAGUAUACCUACGGUGGGUAAAUGCCUGUUUGCGAUAUGAGUUGAGGAACUACCAACCCCCUCCUGGUAAAACAGUUGCCCGAGACUUGAGCAAGUGCUUAAGUCCCAAUUCUGAGCAGAAAGCAAAGCAACUAAUACUCGAAUAUGCUAAUACUGAAGACGGAGCAGACAAAGAGCCACCUAGCCUCACGGACUUUGAUUUUGAUCAUUGGCCUUCAUCACAACCUUCUUAUCUUACAGAUAGCACCGAUCACGAGGAGUCCCCUGGUCCACAUCCUACUCACAAACCUCACUCCAAAAAAAUCAAGUUCUUUGCAACCUUAAGAAAGUUGGUUCGAGGAAUUUCUAUGCAUCAUCACCACCAUCAUAAUCAUCAUCAAAAUCAAAAUCAUCAUCCAAUUCAUGAUCAAAGUGCCCGAGAAAUUCCAAUGUAUAGAUCACUUUCCGUUGAUGACAUUGGGAAAAGGUACUAUGAAGUGGGACACAAUGGCUCUAGAAGCAAUCCUCAGAGUCCAAGACUAGCAUCAUCAUCUCAGAAUUCGAACAAUUCUUCGUUGGAAUAUCAACCACUCACAAGCUUGGCUGAAGAAGAUGAGAAUGCUAGUAGAAUAAGUGAUUCGAGAUCAUCAUCACACGGUGGAGUAAGGUUUGUGCUUGGGAGGGAAAGCGUUGGGGGUUCAUCUCCCUUAGAUUAUAAUUCAGAACGAGAGUCAGAGAUCGGGCAGAAGUCUGACUUGGCUAAGUAUGCUGAAGUCUUAAGGGAUUCCAGAUUGUUACAGAAACACAAGAAAUCUGCAUCUUGUGGUAACAUGUGAUGUUGAUUCUGAACUUUGGCCUUCCUCUUUACAAAAGAAUAUAUUGUAACUUGAUCAUGAUAUCCUCAAUUUUUUUUUAUUUGAGGAUUUGCGUAACCAUUUUUCUGUAAAAUAAGAAAUGACACGGUCGGAUGAAUAGAAAUGGUUUGCACAUAUGAAACAUGAUGUACUCAUGUACACGACUCUCAUUGAGUCAUUGUUGUACAAAUUUAUAUGGAUUGCUGACACUUAUCAAGGUUAACUACAAGCGAUUGGACUCA